AUGGCGACUGUUACAAUGUUGUCAUCGCCCGCAAAUAUUUCUCCCGUGGUAUCUGAGGCAACGAUAUCGACGGCUCUAUCACCGCACGAUGCCACUAGUUCUCGGGUCGCAUCGGAAGUACUUCUUGUGUGCCUUAUCCACGAUAGUCCUCAACUGCGUCUUGCCCUCGAUGACGUGUUUUCACACACGCUAGAACCGCUCCUGCGCUCAAUGUCCAAGCUGUACAGAACAUCCAAUUUCCUUGUGGGCGGUGUCGUGUAUCGUUCGAUGGAUGCUGAUGCCCUAGCGCAACCGCUACGCUCACUUGAUGCAGUGACAUGUGUACCAUUCCUCACAAUUCGCCAUUUCCUUUCACGUGUGCAAGAAACUCUUCGUGAUACCAGCAUAUAUGACAUGGCACAGCUCGACGACUCGCCACGACAGUCUUCGCUGGUAGAUGCGCUUGCAGCUGCGAUGGACCUAGUAGAUGCACGCGAAAAGCCAUCGAUUACCGUUCCAUUUGCUCGUUCAGCGGUCCGCGGAAAAGACCCGGUGAUACUUGCUCGACAUAUCAUGCAGAUUAUCGCUUUGGACUCGAACGCGGCGGCCACACCCAUCGGACAAAGUGUGCCACAGCAACUUCCCGUAUCGCCAGCGAAUCUGCGGCCGCUCAUGCAUCGACAAGCAAGCCUCGAUGCCUGUACGUUUCCAGAGCUUGUACAAGAACUAAAUAAGCGUCGCUUCAACAUUGGCACGGUCAUCUACAGCAGCCACAAAGACGAAACGGGUCUUCAGACACGUGCUGCGCUCGCACAAACAGCGCAUGAUACCCUUUGUCUGCCGCGUGCAUCUGACGAGCAGGUGUCUCCUUCAGACCUGCUGGAUAGCCCCAAGAAACUCCCAUCGAGUGUCUCUGUACUGCUGACGGGAUCCGAUGUCGCGCGCCUCUUACGAAAGCGUCCGCGUCUUGAUCUCGCGGCUGACUCGCCAAACAAACGUGCUCGACAGCCUCCGACACCUACCACCCCCACCUUCAAGCUGGACCAGGCGUCGCUCAACCGCAUCAUGCUCAUACAGCAGCAGCAGGCAACCAUGCUCAAGAACCUUGCCCGCUAUGUUGCUACGAAUGUGAAGCCGAACGGGACCGUUCAUGUGCCGCCGCAGUACUACGAAAAGAUUCGCCAACGCAUUGUUGGCCAGCAAAUGGCGCUGAAGCAGCAAGCGGAGCGCCUGCGUGUGGGCAAGGUGCCCGAUCUGAAUUCAAUCCUGCAGGCACUUUCAAAUAUUGAUGCUGAGGCCAAAGAGGCUGGUGUGAAACUCGGUGGACCUAGCAAUGUGCGACCUACAUCUACCAGCGACAAGAUGCCGAACAUGGGAGCUGCAUAUCUUCCGCCCGCGACGGCGGCGGCAGCGGCGGGCAACGUGACUCCAUCCCCCACAGCCCAAAUGGCUGUGCCAGCGGCCAUGGCGUCUCGCCCGCAAAUGCCUUCAUCCGAUGAAUCGUCACGACCGCAACUAGCUUGGCAGGGCAUUAUUAAAUGGUCGACGUCGCCGCAAAUGGAUCCUCUUUUUACACUCGUAACGGCCACAUGUGGCGGCAUGUACGUCAAACAGCAACUGGCGUUGCCAUGGCCCAAUGUGAUGAACAUCGAUGGAUUCGUGCCGAUCGAUUCAGCACAGCUCCAGCAGCACAUUUCAGCACAUCGUUUGCCUUGUGCUCUUUUAACACUUCGUGCUUUUCCACAGAACCUGAUCAUUAAAGGUUCAGAGCACAAUGCCACAAACUACCAAAUGCUCACGACAAUGCUUGAGCAGAGCCGAAGAGCUGCGUUCAUCCAGCACGGCCAUGCUGGAUGUGGCAUCUUAAUUGUCGCGCUGACAGGUUCACGACUCCCUCCAACGCAAGCGGGACUUGCACCUCGUCUUAUGGCAGUUGUGUUUUCGUCGCCCGUUCCGUUCCCACAGCUCAGUGCAUCCACGGCACCCACGGCCUCUAAUACCCGCGGGAUGAUUCCUUUGCCAGCGACAGCAAACUCGAUGCCAAACGCCGCGAGCGUCGCAAACGCUACUGUUCCAAGCACGACCAGUACAACCGCUGGUGGCGCCGCGGGGAUAAGUCCUAUGGCUGGCAUGGGCCCAGCAACAAUGCCACCAUCCAUACAACCAACGGCAGCUCUGACAAAUCCCGCAGCGAUGAACCACUCGAUGCUCAAUAUGGCGCAGGUUUUCCAGCCACAGACGAUGAUGCCGUCGACAAUGCGCACACCCAUGAAUGGCUUCAUACCGAAUUUGGGUCAAACAACCACAAACAAUCAGCCUAUGCAAAACCAUCCGAUGGCUUCUGGAUUUCCCUCAGGCAUGAAUGCGGAUAUACCAUCAUCGUUAGCUUCUAGUAUGACUCCCGGCAUUCCUUCGAGCAUGGUACCUGGAAUGCCGUCUGGUAUGCCUGCUGGUCUGACGUCCAACAUGUCGUCAGUCAUGCCAUCUCCGAUGCCAUCCUCGAUAUCCUCAGGCAUGCCCUCUGGUAUGCCUGCAUCCAACAUGAGCCACACAUCCAUGAUGCAGCCUAUGAUGCCCAACAUGACGCAGCCGUCCGUGUACCCAUCUACCAACCAGACCACGGACUUAUUCUCUGCCAAUGCUCUAUCUUCGUUAGGUCUUCCCCCACGAUAG